AUGUCUAAAGUAUCAAAAUAGAUCAGCAUUUAACAAGAUAAUAAGGAAUGUUAAGACUUAGAUUUGCAAAAUUCUAUGAGAAACAGCUUCUUAAAUUUGUAAUAAAGGAGCGCAUAAAAUAAAAACACAAAAGAAAUAAGCUUCCAUGUAGAAUAAGCGUCUAAAGAGCUUUUAAAUCCAGCUUAAAGCUGUGCCAUUUAACAUAUUGAUAAUAGAUUAAAUACAUUGUAAAGAUUGCAUUAGAAUGAGAUUAAUGAUUGCCCUUAUGAUAAGUGGCUUAAAGAAAUACCAAAUCCUACUAAGAAUCAGAAAGAGAGUCGUGAUUAAUAGGUUUUUAAGCAAAGACCUUAAAUAAAUAUUUCAUUAGACGAACUCAGCAGGAGCUAUCGCUUUUUGUAGAGAACUGUUUUGAAAUUCUAAGAUGUCUUUAUGAGGCAAAAUAAAUACGCAAAACAAAUUAACUUGAGUCUAAAAGAGCACAAUAUCCCUAUUUCUGAAGCAGAGGAGAAGAUUUUAGAUGAUGUGAGAGAAUUUAUUGAACCUCAAGCAGAAUGGGCGAGAGAGGUUUAUGGAGAUAAAUACUUUUAUUAGAAGAAAGUAGCGCUGAAGAGCUAAAUAAAGAAUAUUUCAAAUUGCUUUGAUAAGAUGUAAAAUCUUGACAAUGACAACUCCAUAUUUUUUGUAGAAGAAUUGUAAAAUGAGUAGAAAAAAAUGGAUUAUCCUACUCUUUCUUAAUUAGCAAUUUACUUAAAUUGCAAAUAGGCGUUAGACACACAAUAAGUGUAACUUAACUUCGUACUUAUCACUAUCGGCUAAACACUGCCUAAGAGCUUUGAAAAAUAUUACAAAAGAUUGUUUUUUAGGUACAAUUUUAAGAUAACUAUUAUUCAUAUUUUAGAUAUAGAAGAAAAGCAGUUUUAAAACUCUUCGAUAAUACAAAAGAACAUUCAACAAAAACAAAAUGAGUAGAAUGCUUUCGGGAGCUGCAGUAGUGUGAGUGAAAAUGAUUUUUUAAAUAUUGAAAAUAGUAAUUUAUUUAGCAAAUCAUAAAGUAUGAAAUUGAGCCAAGCUAAAUAGUAAAAUUAGUAUGCAAGUAACCUCUCAUUUAAGAGUUAGCCAAUUUUUAGUAAUACUCUAAAGAAUUAAAAUGAGAAAAAUAUACAAAAUUUUAAAGUGUAUAAUGUGUAUUUAAGGAAGAACAAAGACUUUGAGAAUGUCAAAGUUUCUUCAGCUGAAUUUAUUCAUUUGAUGGAGAGAUGUAUCUUUCCUUUUUUGAAAAGUAUUAAAAUAGAUAUUAUGGUAUUUGAGUAUGAUUUUUCAUUUAGUGAAGAUGUCAAUUAAAAAGUGGUACUCAAGACAUAUGUUUUAGCUUAUAUAGUACAAAAGUUAAAGGAAAUAUCAAGGGAUAAGUUGCUUAUUAGCUAUAUUAUUAGAUAAUUAAAGACAAGCUAUGAUUGUUACAAUUAAAAAAUUAGUUAGUUAAGCCAUUUACUAGAUCUAAAAAAUAACAUAAAAUAGAAGGUGCUAACAAAAACAUAAAAAAAUCAAAAUGCUCUGUAAACUAUGAAAAUUUAUUUUGAAUACAGUCUUUAAAUUUAAGAUUCUAUUCGAAAAACAUUGAUAGCUCUAGGAUAAUUAAUAAAUUAUUCCAAAUAUAUUUCAUACAAAUAAACAGAUUUUAAUUUUCACCCUUGUUUUUUAUACGUCAAGCACAUAAAGGAAUAAUCAAAUUAAUUUUUAUCAAGUCCUCUUUCUUUAAUAAAGGAUUAUAUUAAGAUAGCGAUAUAUAGGCAAAAAUUUACUGAGCGAUAAUUAGAGGCAAAUACAAACAAUUAAGAAUAGCCAAAUUAAAUGAAAUAACAUAAAAAAAAAUUAAGCAGAAUGGAAAAACAUUAAAAAAAAGAUUCCAAUAUAUUCGAAAAUCUAAAUUAAAUAUAAAUAAAUUAAUUUGAAAUAUGUAAUUAAAAAAUUGAUCCUAAUGAAGAAGAAUAUGAAAAUUUUUCAGAUAAAAAAUUUGAUUUUCCACAAUUUGCUACUUUUGGGAAAUUUAAUCAGAAUGACUAUUCGAUGCAAUAAAAAGGGAUUUUUAUACCCAUAGAGAAUUAAUAAAUGCAAUCUUAGAAUGGUUAAUUUAAUUUUUAGUUUAAUAAUAAUCACACAAUAUAAUAAAAUACUGAUUAACUCAUAAAUAAAAACUCCUUAUCAUACUAAUAAAAUUAAUAAGACAUUUGCAAAUAGUUGUAAGUAAAUUAAAAUUUUAUGUAAAUAAAUUAAAAUUUAGAUCAGCCAAUAAAUUAAAACUACAUAGGUCAGCGAAUAAAUUAAAAUAUCAUGAAUUACUAAUUAAAUUAAAAUUUUAUGGAUACGUAAAUAUAUUAAAAUUACAUGAAUCAGCAAAUAAAUCAAAUCCAUUCAUUAAAUAUUUAUCUCCCAAAUAGUGACGAAUUUAAUUAAAGCUAAACCACACAGGUUUUUAAUGGCAAUUUUAAUUAGAUAUUUUAUAAUUAAGAUACUGUAUCCUUAAAGAAUAAUGGACAUUAAGAAGUACAAUGCAAUUAAUAAAAUGUUAAUUCAAAAGAAACAAUUUUUCCUACAUAAAAUUAAUUAAAUGAUGAUGGCUGUAUGGAGACUAGUUCUUCAUUUAACCAGAAAUCUCCCGCUUAUUAGACAAUGUAGAUAGAGAUUCCAAGUUUAAAUGAAAAUUAAAGUAUGAGUACAUACUAAAGGUUAAUGAGGAAGAUACCAAUUUAGUAGCUUGCUGAAAAGUGUAACAUUGGGUAUACCAACUUUCUUCAGCUCAAUGAUGAUCAAAAAAAGCUCAAAAUUAUCAAUCAAAUAAAAUAAAAAUAAGCUGAUUACAAGUUAAAAGAUUCUAUUUAUCAUAUUUUGUGGGAGAAAUCCUGCAGACUGGAAGUAGCAAACCCUUCUAAAGAUUUUAAUUUGAAAAUAUUUUACUAUGACGAACAUUCACAAUAUUUGGUAAAUUAUCAACAAAAUCCUCAACAAACUGAUAAGAUUUAAGAAACUAAAAUGAUUGUUUAUUUUUUUAAUGUAAGAAGCAGGGAUUGUUAUAACAAUUACGUUCUGCAACAAAUAACUAAUUUCAAUGAUACCCAAUAAAAAUUCAACGUUUUCAAAUUGAAAUAUAAAGUACAAACAAUUUAGUUUAAAAAAAUAUCUGAUCUUGACACCAAAAUAAAUGAACAAAAUUACCUUAAAGAGCAGUUGCACAAUGCCAAACACACAAUUAAUGUCAGUUAGGCUAAAAUUGAUGAUCUUUAAAAAAAUGGUUUGACUGCCUCAUAGACAGUAAAGUUAACUCCUAGCGAUUUGAAUAAUAGCGCUCUUAGUGAUUAGCAAGGAAAUCACGAAAAUACUGAUAGUCAAAACAAUUCUACAAAAACAGGUUCUACGAAAGUUGAGGAGAAAAAAUUAUAGGUAGCUAUCAAUAAUUACAAAAAAAUAAUAACAGAAAUGGUAAAAAAAGUGAGUGAACUAGAAAAAAAGAUAGAAGAAAUUUAAAUAGAAGUGAGGGGAACAACUAAAAAAGACGAAAACAACCCAAGCAAUAUUUUAAAAAUUGAAGGAUUAGAAGAGAAAAAAAUUGAUUUGUCAGCGCUCUGCAUCAUAGAAUCUGCUCUUGUUGAAACAGAAGAAUUUAUAUUUAAAUUUUUUGGUAGAGCAUUAAACAUUCGUCUACUGGAGCCUUUAGUUUUAAAGUAGGAAAUAAAGCUAAUUAUGAAGAUAAAUAAAUUUCAUUCUUAAUAAAACAUCAACCAAACAAUAGAAAUUGUAGAUCCUCAAUUCAAUUUUGAAUAAUACAAAUAAGUUAUGAAUGAAAUAAAGUAGCAAUAAUAAUAACAACAACAAUCAAAUUAGUAAUAAUCAAAUUAUAUUUAAAAUCCAUAAAGUGUUUUACAGUAAUCAUAAAGAAUGAGUAGACCAGAUUAGAGUUUAUAAAAUUCUGCAGAUUCUUAAUUAAAGUUGUAACAAAGCUAAUAAAAACCAUAAAUUAAAGAAAAUUAAUCAUCUCAAUCUCUUUUGGUUAAUUUGAAAUAAAGCAUUGAUAAAUAAGGGUAAGAAGAUCUUUCUAAAGACAAAAUAUCUUAAUUAAAUUCAGUAGCUAAUCAGAAAAUAAUUUAAUCUUCCUAAUCGACAACAGUAAUCAAAAAUAAUUUAAAUUAAAGUUAAGAACAAAAGACCAACUCGCUAACUGAUUCAAAUCAAUAAUAAUAAUAAUAACAAAAUGCAAUUUUGAAAUAGCAAAUAAAUUCAAAACCCUCUUAGAACGCAGAAUAGAAGCCAUUGAUUAGACUUCAGAAUAAAUAGGAAGCAAACUUAGAUAAAUCAAGUUAAGCAUUACAAAGUUAAAAAUAAAAACAAUUAUAAUAGGAACAAAAGAAUCAGCAAUAACAAUCUAUUUUAAAAAAUGAAUAAAAUGAGGCUAAUAACUUAAGCAAGUCCUCACUCAAUUAACAAACUCAUGAAAGCAUGUUGAGUAGCAAAAUAAAUUACAAUAGUUAGAAAAUUUAGGAUGAAUCCUAGAUGAAAAUUUACCAAGAAAGCUUUUAAAAAAAGUUUUUUAGAGGUAGAUUCGGUGCAUCAGCUUUUUAUUUUAAUAACAAAAUCUAUAUUUUUAAUGGCUACAGCUAGCAAUUUAUGGAGGAAACAAGUAUGUUUGUUUUUAUACCAUAGAAACCAAAUAAUAACGACUAUAUCUUAGAUCAAAAUACUUCUAUCUUAAAGGAAACAAGCGAUGAUAAAGAACAGUUUUCAUAACAUUAAUUACAUCAAGAACAAACAACUAUGCUUUUCUAUUUUGUUAUGAAGGUUUCCAUAGGAAAAGCUUCAAUUAAAGGUGGAUAUGGAACAUUUAUGUUGCCUUUAUUGAGAAGCGAAUCAUUAUUAUAAAAAUAGAAUCAUCAAAAAUCAGACACGCCAGGAUUAGCCAUGAAAGAUGAAGCUAUUUAAAUUUAAUAACCAAAUAAGAAGCUUAUUAGUUAAAAUUAAAUUGCUGAACUUUCUAAAAAAGUAAAGAAUUUAUUAGUUUUUUCAUUUGAGUCCUACGACUGUUCUUGCGAUCUUAAAAAGCAAUUCAUUAAAAUACAGGUUUUUAAUCCAAUCCAAAAGCAAGUUUUAAUGGAAAAAAAAGUUUCCUUAUAUAAUGUCUUUACCAUAAAUUAAAAUGAUAAUAACAGGUCUUAAAAUAUUUUUAAUUUAUUUCAAUUCUUUGAUUAACCAUUUUAAAACAUUCUCAAUGUCGCCAAUAGAAACAACUGUUUAAAUGAAUUCUAUUAUGAACUUAAUAAUGAACUUUUCUUUACCUUUGCAGUUGAAAAUUUUAGAGCUUCUAAGCUAUUCUUGCAACUUCAAAUCAAUAUUACUUAAAUUUCAAAAUAUUUCUCAGAAUAACCAAAAUCACCAGAAUCCCAACUAGAAGCCAGCAUCCAAAUCCAAAUAAUUAACUCUUGA